UCAGACAUAGGGUUUGGUAUGGAGCAGGGGGUUGCACUCGAUGAUCCCUUGGGUCCUUUCCAACUCGGGAUAGUCUAUAAUUCUAUGGCUCUAUGAUAGCAAAUGAAAUAUUGCAUUCUUCUUUUGGCUUAGAUUCAAUGAAAAACAAACCAGGACUGUAAAAUAAAGCUCUGCCUUUAUUUGAGCAGAAUAAAGACCUCUAAAUUUGACUUGAAGUAGCAUCACAAAUGAAAUAUGACAGACGUAUACCAUCUACCAAAAUGUAUCAUUCUUCAGAAUUAUUGUAUGGCUCAGUUUUCACUCAUCUUUUUCUCUGUGCAGCAGCAUCCCCAUGGCACUCUUCACAAGAGCCAGCAUCCAUCUUAACACCACCAGCUCUGUUCCCUGUGGAGCAGGUAACACAACAGAACCUGACCUGCCACGCUCACAUGCCUACUAUGCCCUCUGUUACUGCAUCCUGAUUUUGGCAAUCAUCUUUGGGAAUGUGCUGGUCUGCUUAGCUGUGCUGAGGGAGCGCACCUUGCAAACCACCACAAACUACCUUGUGGUAAGCCUGGCAGUGGCGGACUUGCUGGUGGCUACUUUGGUGAUGCCAUGGGUGGUGUACCUGGAGGUGACUGGGGGAGUCUGGACUUUCAGCCGCAUCUGUUGCGAUGUCUUUGUCACCAUGGAUGUCAUGAUGUGCACAGCCAGCAUUUUAAACCUCUGUGCCAUCAGCAUUGACAGAUACACUGCAGUGGUGAAACCAGUGCAGUACCAGUACAACACUGGGCAGAGCUCCUGCAGGAGGGUCUCUCUCAUGAUCGUGGUAGUCUGGAUGCUGGCAUUCGCAGUGUCAUGCCCUCUCCUCUUCGGCUUCAAUACUACAGGGGAUCCCAGUGUCUGUUCAAUAUCCAAUCCUGUUUUCAUAAUCUACUCCUCUUUGGUAUCCUUCUACCUCCCCUUCAUGGUGACCCUUCUGCUCUAUGUCCGGAUUUACCUCGUGCUAAGACAAAGGCAAAAGAAGAGAACCCUCACUCGGCAGUGCAGCUACAACGCCAGCACCAAACCAUGUUUUACACACAAAGAACACAUCAAGAGGAAAACUUUGCCAAACAGAUGCCAGGGCCCAUUUUGCCCUUGUUUCCAGCUCAAAUGUUCAGACCACAAGAUGUCUACCAAAAGAAAGUUGCUGACUGCCUUCAGCCUCCAGCAGUACCGCAGCUUCUGCCAAGAUAGAUCUCUCAGCAAGACAUCUGGGACUCCACAACACAACAGGCUGGAAGAGAGGAGAAAGAGUAAGAAUCCUGAGCUGGAGGUACAGAGGCUCAGUAAUGGGAAAACUGUCAGCUCUGUGAAGCUAGCGCACCAGCAGCCCCGGCUGAUCCAGCUUCGGGAGAGGAAGGCUACACAGAUGCUGGCUAUUGUUCUGGGGACAUUCAUAGUCUGCUGGAUGCCAUUCUUCUUGAUUCACAUCCUCAACACCCACUGCCUGGCUUGCCAUGUGCCCCCAGGGCUGUACAGUGCCAGCACCUGGCUUGGUUAUGUCAACAGCGCCCUCAAUCCCAUCAUCUACACCACCUUCAACACUGACUUCCGCAGAGCCUUCCUCAAGAUCCUCUGCUGCUGAUUGAAGGGCCAGCAUUUCUGGUUGUUCGGGAAUGCGCUGAACCUCAUUCAAAGCACGACCAGAAUAAGGAUUCAUUCUGACUGCUGCAAUACCUGCUCUCACAGCACAGCCCUGGGGAGACAGUUUUGAUAACAUCCCUCCAGUAAGAAAUAACUGGCACCUCAGGCCAGCUCAUCAGUCCCCUUGUCAACCCAAAUGUCAGCAUGCAGGCUGGCCCAGUUUCCCAUAGCUGUUCUGGAGCAGUACUUCCAUGGUCUCCUUUCCUUGUGGUAUUCCACAAAUCCAUCUCCGAUAGCUCCUAGGUCAAAACAGCAGAUGAGUCCUGCUAGGCCACAUCAGCUGGUCUUAUGCCAGAGCAGUCUAAUGCUCUUCUCCCUGUACAGAAAAACCCAUCCUAGGACAGUCCUGAUGUUUCUCCCAUUUUCCCCUCUCACUGUACAGGAUCCAGAGAGGCUCACCAGGGGCCCCAGUUCUUUCUCCCAAGCUUUGGCUUAGCAGUGCUGUUAGCCACGCUUGUUUGACAGCUUUGGGCAUAACUACAAGUCCUCUAUGCCUUCUACACCUUGGCUUCUCCAUCCAGGCAGUGCUUUCUCUCUUUCCUAAUACAAAGCCAAAACAUUGUCCUUCUCUUGUUUGAUGGGUUUUGAGGUGGGACACUAGCAUGUAUAGUUUGCAUGGAGAGAUGCUCUUCAUACUGUAUUGUAACUGCAGUAAUCCAAUAAAACACAUAUCUAAUUGGAAGUUUUGGUGCUUUUGUGGGAUCUGUUUGCCACAUUUGCCAUAAGCCUUUUCUCACUGGUAGCCCUCUCAGCACUUUCCCUCUGUGAAGCGAUCAUCCUCCCAGGCACUCACACAAGGUCAUUAUUAGUGCUUGCCUUUUACUAAUACAGAACAAAGCAGGAAAGUGUUUCUCCAGGCCUCACACAGUGAAGCACUAGUGAAACUGGGGAAUAAAUCAAUGCCUGUUGUAAAAGCCUCCCGCAGACAAAUUCCGAAAAUGUGGUAAAUUCAUUUCUCAGCUAUGCUAAACAGGCAUGUGGCAGUGUUAUUCCAUCUGCGUAGAGGUGCUGGACUGCAAAGGAGGCACUCAGGAUAUGCUGGGGAUAAAUCCAGCGAAUCAACCUGUGGAAAGAUUGCUGCCCCAGUUAUUCUCAUUAAGAUGCUGUCAUAACACAGACCACCAGAGACCAGCUUUGGUUUCUUUACAUAGAGUUGACAGAAAGGUGGAAAAUAGGAAACAGGUCUUUUAAAGGGUGAGUCCAUUUUGGACACUGACCUAGCAUUUCUCAGUUGUUAUGUUCAGUCCAAUCUUACUUGAAUCUGAACCUUUUUCUUAAGCAAAACCCAUCACAAAAUCCACCCACAAUCACAAAAAUUCAGUUCCAAAAUAAAACAGUGACUUUUUCCCUCUUUCAAAUACUGCUUGAGUUCUAUGCCCCAGUCUUACCACGGCAAUAAGAACACAAGUGGCCUUGCAGGAAAGCCCAAGGAGUAGAAGCAAGUGAAAGUGCUAUGAGCUGUUGUACUCCUCGCUACUCCAACAUCAGCCCUUGGAAGAUGCAGAAGCUUCUCUCCCACGGAGGUAGAGAGGGAGCUUGGAGCCUGCCAUAGACUGCACAUAAUUCACAGAACUGGGAAGCCUGCAUUGCUGGCAUGGCACAACAGGCAUGUGGCACAGCCAGGUCUAUGCCCACCCUCACUGUGCUCCACAUGGUAGCAGGGAUAGGAUACUAAAGGUCCCCUGUGCUAGACAUCAUUUGUGAUCAAACCAGCAGACAAAAGAGCCAGAAAGCAUCUCUGUGGUGGUUUUAAGGAGAGUUAAGAGCCUCUGGAGACAGAAGGGAGCUGGCAAAACCCAAACCCAUAGGAAACAACAGUAGUUUGCCCACUAAGGCAUGAGGAAGACAUCCAAGCACUGCCUAUCUAGACAUAUCUUGGAGCAGUGGCACAGCACACAUGAAAAAAUUGACUGAAAAACACCAUUUACUCCUUUCUCCACCAUUUCUCCUGGCAGACAUUAGUCCCAACCCACAGAAGGCUGCGAUUAAGCCGCUGCAGCCUGCAUACUACCAUGCCUUGUUCAGGCAGAACCUGUCUUCCAUGGCGCCUCUCAGUCUGUGACCUCUCCUCAGGCUGCUGUGUGGCAGCCAUCAUGCUCCGCCAGUGCCCACGCUCAGCUACCAUGCUCCAGCUGUGGGACAUGUCAUUUUAACAGUCUCAGAUACAGUCAUAUUUGUAAAUGAACCAUUGUUCAGGCUACAAUUAGGACAAACCACUGCAAAGCCUUGCAGAAAGUCUCUCUUCCCCACUAUGAAGCCUCCCUUAAGGGACAGGCAGGCCACCUAUUCAGCUGCACCUUGCUAUGGGUCAAAGCACAAGCAACUCCUGCUUGGGCAAAGAACACCUGGAGACUGCAGUAUUUCAGCCUGUGCAAGGGAAGCCAGGGUGGCAACUGCACUCCUAUUUUCCCCAGGUUGGUCCUCUGCUGACAGCUGGGGUCAGCACAACCACUCAGGCCAGCAGCUACUCUGGCAAGGCAGCCUUACAUAAGAUAGAGCUUUGUUUAAGCUCAGUGCAAACCAAAGCUCUGCUUCAGACGCUGCUACUUAUCUGACAGCUUUUGAAAAACCCGGUCAAUCACUGCCAGCAUUUGGAGGAAGGACCAGUGGGGCUGCAAGCUACUAAUACUGGUGAUACACAGAAAACUAGGAGCAGGAACUGUGGACAGUCAGAGAACCUGUGUGAAGGUCCGCUCAUGAUAUGAUGACAGGCUCUAGCAGCCUGCAAAUACUCCUGACCUGUGUGGUGUCACAUCUCCCAGGGAGAGAGCAGGAAUGCCAGUUCUGCUUCAGACCAAUGCAAGUAUCCCAGAUCUGAAUUAGCCAUCUAGUGAACAAAUGAAGUGAACUUCUCCUAACAACAACGAUGUCUUCAAAGCCAGCAUCAGCUCCUAUGACACUGAAUAGGAGUUACGAUCAUACAAUCACAGAACAAGCCGAAUUAGAAGGGACACACAAGGAUCACUGAGUCCAAUUCCUGGCCCCACAUAGGAACACCCAAAAUCCAAACCCUAUGUCUGAGCACAGUGUACAAACACUCCUUGAACUCCAGCAGCUU